GGACUGCAAGCGGCCCCGGCAAGCAGGCUAACAGGCUGGCAGGGAAGAAGGCAGGAAGGCAGGCAAGAAGGCAGAGAAGAAGGCAAGAAGGCAGGCGGGGAGGGAGGGAGGAAGGCAGGCUAACAGGCUGGAAGACAAGCUGGCGGAGAGGAAGAUGGCCGCGGCUGAGAGUAUCUUCAGGGCAGGUUGUGGAAGCAGGGCGUCCUUGGCCAUGUUGGACUAGUGUCGCCGCCCCGGUUCUCCUCCAGCCGGCCAUGGGCUCCCAGACUCUGCAGAUCCUCAGGCAGGGGGUCUGGGCGUCAGUCACCGGGGGAUGGUACUACGACCCCGACCAGAACACCUUCGUCAACGCGCUCCAUCUUUACAUCUGGCUCUUCUUGCUAGCUUUCCCCUUCACGCUCUACAUGGCUUUGCCAUCCACCAUGGUGAUCGUGGGAAUCUACUGUGGCGUAAUCGCCGCCAUGUUCCUGCUGCUCAAGACGGUCAACUACCGACUCCACCACGCCCUGGACGAGGGCGAGGUGGUGGAGCUCCAGGCCAAAAAGUCGCAGGAUGGCAGAGGCGGUGCCGAGGUGCCAAACAACGGCAAUGGAGGCAGUGGAGGCCGUCACCAAGACAGCAGCGGCCCAGGGGACCCUGGAGGGGGGAUGGAGAUGGUGGACUUCAUCAGGCAAGAGACUCCGCCGGUGGACUGCAGUUCAAGGAAUUCUUACAUUGGGAUAGAGUCUAACCAGCAGAUGCUGUCCACUCUGGGGAGAGCAACAGGAGCCAAAGGUAACAGUUGCAGCCCCACGUGCCGAGUCAUGCUGGCUAACACACCGCCGUGCAUUCUUUUCCUCGCAAGAUCGCUGCGUCUGACUCAGCGCCCCUGUGACUUCCAUGGCCGCAGUCACGGGAGGCGUUAG